AUGAAAAGCAAUUUCACAGGUGUUGAAUCUAGUGAUUAUGUUGUAUUCAAUAAAGAAGAUCAUGCAAAAGAAGCUUUGAUAGCAGCUGAUCAUCAUCAAAAUUCAAAGCUAGUAGUCUAUUCAUUAGAGUGCAUUAUAACAGUUUCAUCAUAUAAAUUCAAGGACAAAGUUUAUAUUUUAUUUAUGUGGAUAACUCAUUAG